AUGGGAGAUUCUUUCGAUUGCGUGACGGAUGACGACGGCCACCCCUACUUCGAGGGACCCGAGAAGCUCCUGGAGGUGUGGUUCAAGCCGGCGGCUUCGCUCGAUGGCUCCUCGUCGUCGGUGACCACGAGGGGACCCGAUGCCACCAAGCCGGACAGCCGAUGGGGCCUCCGCACGGUCGAUAGGAAGGUGUGGGAGGAGAUGCUUGACCUCGUCCACUGCCAGAUCCUCAACAGCGUGUCCAACGACUACCUCGAUUCCUUCGUCCUCAGCGAGAGCAGCAUGUUCGUGUGGAACACCAAGCUCAUUCUCAAGACCUGCGGCACGACCACCCUGCUGCUCGCUCUGGACCGGCUGAUCGAAAUCGCCAAGAGUGUUGGCCUGCCCGAGAUCGAGAACCUGUUCUUCUCGCGACGAAACUUCUCCCAGCCGGAGCGUCAGCUCGGCCCGCACAAGAACUUUGCCGACGAGGUCAAGGUCCUCGACCAGCACUGCGACGAUGGCUCCGCCUACGUGCUGGGCAAGCUCAACGGCGAGCACUGGUAUCUGUACAUGACCGAAAAGCCCGAGAAGAAGGAGGGCCUCGCUCCCGAUGCCACGCUGGAGAUCCUCAUGAGCGACCUCGAUCAGGAGGCCAUGAAGCCCUUCUACAAGCAGCACUCGACCGACUCCCGAGCCGCUUCCGUCAACUCGGGCAUCGCCAACCUGUUCCCGGAGGCGCAGCUGGACGACUUCCUGUUCGAUCCGCUGGGCUACAGCGUGAACGGCAUCCUCGACGGCGGCUACUUCACGAUCCACGUCACCCCGCAGUCGUCGUGCUCCUACGCCUCGUUCGAGACCAACAUCCUCCUCCCCUCCUACACCGAGCUCAUCGAGAAGGUGGUCAACGUGUUCAAGCCCGGCCGCGCCACCAUCUCUGUCUUCUCCAACGACCCCGUCACCUCCAUCCACUCUCGCAUGGAGGGCUGGGACCUGGAGGGCUACGAGAAGCAGGAGAAGACGUUCUACCAGUUCGAGGUCUACAACCUCUCCUUCAUGAGCCAGGUCAAGUCCGACCGAAAAGCCGCCCAGAAGCAGCUCACGAGCAAGCCGACCGAGUUGUAA